AUGCUACCAACGUAUGUUCGAGCAAUACCGAAUGGUGAAGAAAGUGGAGAUUACCUAGUUUUGGAUCUCGGUGGAACUAAUUUUCGCAUCCUUCUCAUACGGCUUAACGGAAGAGAGGCCGAAAUGACUGGAAAAGUUUACAGUGUUCCAGACCGUAUUAUGCAGGCUACUGCAGAAGAGCUUUUUGACCACAUCGCCGAGUGCAUGGCGCGCUUCAUGGAAGAGCAAGGCAUACCGUUCUCACGAAAGCUGCCUCUCGGUUUCACGUUCUCCUUUCCUUGUCAACAAGAAGGACUCACAAGGUUUGUUAGCAUUGAAAGAAGCAAGCCGUGCGGUCUUGGCGAUGCAGUGCCCGCCUCCUGCGUGGCGAAAUUAUCCUGGGUGUUCCCUCUGUAA